UUCUCUUCCGGAUUACGAGUCCGGACGUCCGCACGUGGUUGCCGGGUCUUGGGUCCUGCUGUAGUGGCGUUGCGGUCCCAAAGCGAGGGAGCCGAGCCGUAGCGGGAGCCAUGGAGGGCCAAAGCGUGGAGGAGUUGCUGGCCAAGGCAGAGCAGCAGGAGGCGGAGAAGCUGCAGCGCAUCACGGUGCACAAGGAGCUAGAGCUGGAGUUCGACCUGGGCAACCUGCUGGCUUCGGACCGCAACCCCCCGACGGUGCUGCGCCAGGCGGGACCCUCGCCGGAGGCCGAGCUGCGGGCCCUGGCGCGGGACAACACGCAGCUCCUCAUCAAUCAGCUGUGGCAGCUGCCGACCGAGCGCGUGGAGGAGGCGGUGGUAGCGCGCUUGCCGGAGCCCGCCACUCGCCUGCCCCGCGAGAAGCCGCUGCCGCGACCUCGGCCGCUCACCCGCUGGCAGCAGUUCGCGCGCCUGAAAGGGAUCCGUCCCAAGAAGAAGACCAACCUCGUGUGGGACGAGGUGAGUGGCCAGUGGCGGCGUCGUUGGGGCUACAAGCGCGCCCGGGACGACACGAAGGAAUGGCUGAUCGAGGUGCCUGCGAGCGCCGACCCCAUGGAGGACCAGUUCGCCAAGAGGAUCCAGGCCAAGAAAGAGCGCGUGGCCAAGAACGAGCUGAACCGUCUGCGGAACCUGGCCCGCGCGCACAAGAUGCAGAUGCCCAGCUCGGCCGGCCUGCACCCUACGGGACACCAGAGCAAGGAGGAGCUGGGCCGCGCCAUGCAAGUGGCCAAGGUCUCCACCGCCUCGGUGGGACGCUUCCAGGAGCGCCUCCCCAAGGAGAAGGCUCCCCGGGGCGCCGGCAAGAAGAGGAAGUUUCAGCCCCUCUUUGGGGACUUCGCGGCCGAGAAGAAGAACCAGUUGGAGCUCCUUCGAGUCAUGAACAGCAAGAAGCCGCAGCUGGACGUGACGAGGGCCACCAACAAGCAGAUGAGGGAAGAGGACCAAGAGGAGGCUGCCAGGAAGCGGCAGAUGCGCCACAAGGGCAAGAGAAAGGGGCAAGGACCUGCGGGCAGGAGGAAGGGCGGCCCGCCGGGGCAGGGGGAGCGAAGGAAAGGAGGCUCGGGAGGCAAGAAGCACCCCCGGCCGCCUGCUUUCGGUGGCAAGGGUGGGAAGAGGAGAAAGUAGUGUUCUCCCCACGGACCUGUCCUGAAAAGCUAGGGCUGGACUGAGGUUAGGUUGUGCGCGGUGUAGGCUGGUUCCGGAGGUGGCCGCUUCCCUUAAUGACAACUGACACUGCAGGGACAGGUUUGCCUCCCCUCGAGUCAGUGCGGGACUAUGAAUUAAUGGAGACGCUGACUGGAAAUAGGUGUAUUUUGAGCACUUGAGAAUUACAGAAAUGAUAAGGCCAGAACCAGGAAUAAAUCAAGGCCUGCCUUUUUAUCUUGACUUUGGCUACUGGGUAAGGGUUGAUCAGAUUUCUGAUUGGUUUCAGCGUUUUUGCAUUAUUUUUGUAACAAAGCUUGUAUAUUUAUCAAAACAGGGAAGAGGGGGGAAUUAUAUCUACCUGUGAUUUGCAAGUAUUGUAAAGGUACUCAGGUAGGUACCUAGAGUACCUAGUAUUGCUUUUAACUUUUAUUGUCGGUAGAGGCUGUAUGGAAAGCCAGUAACCUGGGUACCAACAUGGAGUGUGCUUGAAAAAAAUGAUAGCUACAAUGAUUAUAAAAGGACCCCUUGUAUUAGGAAGCACUAACUAUAAUAUUACAAGUAUAGUGCUUUUUGAUGUUGGUUCAGGUGGUGCAUUUGGCCAGUGAAUUGCUUUCAGUGAUAAAUUGGAACCACAUUAAGUAAUGGUAAUUAACCUUGUUACUCCAGAAAAUAGUGGUCAUUUUGUUUGUAACCGGACGCUUGGGUUUCAGUUUUUAUCAAGAGCUGGGCUGGAAUUCACUCUGGAGCCAAGGCUGACCUGGAACUCAAGGCCACGUGCUGAGAUUAUUAUAAACAAGCAAGCACACCCCGCAGCAGAUGUCCUGUUUCUUUCCGUACUGGAUGUUUUUCCCUGUUUCCUUUUCUUAGUUUGACCUUAAUAAACUUAACUUUGCAUAAUUA